AUGCCCGGUCAGAAAAUCCUCUGCGUUGCAGAAAAGCCUGCAAUAGCCAAAGCAGUCGCCCAACAUCUGGCUGGCGGCAGGGUCACCACGCAUUCCAUCCGUGGUAGUCAAUAUGUGAAAAACUACGAAUUCGAAUUUCAUUUCCAACAAUGGGGCAAUUGCUCGGUAACGAUGACCAGUGUCUUGGGCCACCUGACUGGCGUUGAUUUUGAUCCCAAAUAUAAGAACUGGAAGUCAUGCCCACCUAGCCAAUUGUUCGACGCCACUACUUUGACCACUAUUGACAAGGACAAGAAACCCGUUGCCGACAACAUUCAGCAACAGGCCCGCUAUGCUCGCAUCCUCUUCAUUUGGACCGAUUGCGACCGUGAAGGCGAGCAUAUUGGUGGCGAAGUCCGCGACCAGGCGAAGAAAGGCAACCCCAACAUCAUCGUGAAACGGGCGAGAUUCAGCAACACCGAGAGAGCCCAUGUUGUUCAGGCUGCCAAUUCUCCCAUUGAUAUGGAUGAGCGGCAGGUCAACGCCGUUGCCGCCAGAAUAGAACUUGAUCUGCGCAUUGGGGCGUCGUUCACGAGGUUACAGAGUCUUCAGCUCCAAAGCUUAAGCGAGAACCUUCGAGACAAGACGAUCAGUUACGGCUCGUGUCAGUUUCCGACCCUGGGAUUUGUCGUCGACCGGUAUAACAGGGUGAGGAACUUCAAGCCGGAGAACUUUUGGUUGAUCAAGCUCGUCCACCUCCGGGAUGGAAUACGCGUCAAUUUCAACUGGCGGAGAGUCCAUCUCUUCGACCGAGCAGCGGUCACCAUAUUGUUCGAGGCAUGCCUUGACGCCAAAUACGCCAAGGUUACCAAAGUGCAGACGAAGCCAACCUCGAAAUGGCGCCCUUUACCCUUGACCACCGUCGAAUUGCAGAAGCAAGGGAGCCGCUUCCUCCAUAUGACUAGUCAUCAAGUAAUGGCUGUUGCGGAAAAGCUGUACACCAAAGGCUUCAUCAGCUAUCCCCGUACAGAAACUGACCAAUUCCCUCACGAGUUUGGAUUUCGUCCGAUCAUCGAGCGGCAGACGCGAGACGACCGGUGGGGACAAUACGCACAAGGAUUGCUUGAUGGCGGAAUGAGAACUCCCCGGUCGGGAAGCCAUAACGACCAAGCCCAUCCCCCAAUCCAUCCUGUCAACUAUGCUGCCCCGUCCGCCCUUGACCAACACGAGAGAAAGGUGUACGAGUUUGUGACCAGAAGAUUUCUUGCUUGCUGUUCAGAUGAUGCGAAGGGCCUUGCCACCGAUAUUGAGCUACUUUGGGGUAGUGAGACUUUUCACACCCAUGGGCUCCUGGUCCUUGAACGGAAUUACCUUGAUGUCUAUGUGUACGACAAGUGGGAAAGCAGUCAGCAGCUCCCCAAUUUCACCGUGGGCGAAACAUUCGAGCCCUCAGAAGCCAACAUGACCGAGGGCAAGACUACAGCGCCUGGCUACCUUACCGAACCCGAACUUAUCUCCCUCAUGGAUGCAAAUGGGAUCGGCACCGACGCAACAAUGGCUGAGCACAUUUCCAAGAUCAAGGAUCGCUCGUAUGUUGACACCAGACCCCGGUCCGGAGGCGGGCGCAAUUCCCUGCAAGAGUUCAUUCCUACGACACUUGGGGUGGCAUUGAUUGAGGGAUAUGACAAUGUCGGCCUCGACGUCAGUGUCAGCAAGCCGUUCCUCCGCAAAGAGAUGGAACUUAAGAUGAAGGCGAUCUCCGAGGGUCGCAAGAGUCGAACCGAGGUUGUGCAGGAGAGCCUGGACCAAUACCGGGAAGUCUUCAUCAAAACACAGCGUGAGAUUCAGGCUCUGAAGGAGGCUGUGAUGAAAUACGUUGUGAACGCUGGCAACAACUAA